AAGUCUUUUCUUCUUUGGCUCAGACACUGAAAAGGCUCCUGGAUUUUUCUGCCAUCCUGCGACAAGCUGACAGUUACCCGGGAGCCUUCCCAAGGAGCUGGCGGAGAAAUGAUCCCUUCUGGGCGGAGGAUGGGCGCCGGGCGUCAGCGGCGUGGGGCUCCCUCCUGGAAGCGCCUCCUGCUCCCCGGGAGGAGAGGGUCACCCCGCGGGCGGCGGGGAGGCGGCGGCGGCUCCAGGGCGCGGCGCUUCCUGCUCGGGCUCUUCAUGCACGCGUGGCUGUGGGCGGCCUCGGGCACAUGUGCCCAGGUGUUCAACCUCAGCCUUUCUGUGGACGAGGGACUUCCUCCGGACACUCUCAUCGGCGACAUCCACGCCGGGCUGCCGGCCACGCAGCAGCAGGAGGGGGGAGGCUUCUUUCUGUCGGAGGAUUCGGAUGACUCCCCGCUGCUCGACGACUUCCACGUGCAUCCGGACACCGGCAUCAUCCGCACGGCUCGGCGCCUGGACCGCGAGCGGCGCGACCACUACAGCUUCGUGGCCGCCACGCUUCUGGGCGCCGUGGUGCAGGUGGAGAUCCGCGUCAACGACGUGAACGACCAUUCACCCCGCUUUCCCCGCGACUCCCUGCAACUUGACGUCUCGGAGCUCAGCCCGCCAGGUACCGCUUUCCGCCUGCCAGGUGCCCAAGACCCCGACGCCGGGCUGUUCAGCACACAGGGCUACACCCUGAUCCAACCGCCCAAUCUUCCCGAGGACCCCGCAGGACCGUUCUUUCAGUUGCGCUACGGGACCCCGGGGUCACCACCGUCGCCGCGGUCCUCGUCGCCCCUGGAGCCCCUCGACCUGGUGCUACUGCGCCGCUUGGACCGAGAGACGGCGGCGGCACACGAGCUGCAGAUCGAGGCGUGGGACGGCGGUCGUCCGCGGCGCACGGGCCACCUGCGUGUGGAGCUGCGCGUGCUGGAUGAGAAUGACAACCCGCCCGUCUUUGAGCAGAGCGAGUACCGCGCCGCGGUGCGCGAGGACGCUCGGCCGGGUGCCGAGGUGUGCCGCGUGCGCGCCACCGACCGUGACCUGGGGCCCAAUGGCCACGUGCGCUACAGCAUCCGCGCCCGGCAGGCGCCCGGGGCAGGUGGCGGCGGCGGAUCACUGGGCGACGCGGCCUACUUCACUGUGGAGGAAUUGAGCGGCGUGGUGCGGCUGCAGAGGCCGCUGGACCGCGAGGCGCAGGCCUGGCACCAGCUGGUGGUCGAGGCCCGCGACGGAGGUGCCGAGCCCGAGGUCGCCACCGUGCGCGUGUCCAUCGCGGUGCUGGACGUGAAUGACAACCGGCCCGCCAUUCACCUGCUCUUCCUCACCGAGGGAGGCGCCGCUCGUGUCUCUGAGGGUGCCCGACUUGGAGACUAUGUGGCUCGUGUUUCAGUGUCCGACACGGACGGUGACCCGGAGAAGGAAGAGGAGGCCGCUGGAGAACUUGAUGUAGGCCUCGGAGGCGGGAGCAUCUCGUUGUCCUUGGAGGGCGGGGAGGGAGCCUUCGCGCUGCGGCCUGGAGGCUCUCCAGGGGUUUUUUUCCUUUGCGUGGAGGGGCCCCUGGACAGGGAGAGCCGAGACCUGUAUGAUUUGCGACUGGUGGCCACGGAUGCGGGGUCCCCGCCGCUGAGCGCGGAGGAAACGCUGCUGCUCCGGGUCGCUGACCUCAACGACCAGCCGCCUCUCUUCAGCCGGGAGCAUUACCGGGCCUCAGUGUCCGAGGCCGCGGCCCCCGGCACCGCGGUCUUGUGGGUCAGCGCCUCCGAUGCGGACGAGGCUGGCACCGACCACGCCCGGCUGCGCUACACGCUGGUCCACCUUCAGGCCCGCUGCAACCCAGAGGCUCUCCGGGCCCCGGCAGAGUGUGGACCGUCCUUCACCAUCGAUCCCGAAAGUGGCGUGAUCAGCACCACCCGGAGUCUGGACCGAGAGGUCCAGGAGGCGGUAGAGCUUAGAGUGGUGGCCCAAGACCUUGGAGAGCCCCCGCUCUCUGCCACCUGCCUGGUGAGCAUCACCGUCGACGACGUGAAUGACAACGAGCCCAUCUUCCUGAGGCAGGUAUACAACGCCACCCUUGCGGAGCAUGCCCCGGUUGGACAUUGCUUUCUGCAGGUAAAAGCCUCCGAUGCAGAUGCAGGACUCUAUGGCUUUGUCGAGUAUUCUCUUUAUGAUGGAUUCCAAAGCUAUGAAGCGCCUCAAGCAUUCCAGAUCGACCCACAUGAUGGGCGAAUCUGUGUUUCUCAAGACAUUGACAGGGAAAGGGAUCCAGCCACCUAUGAUCUCUUGGUGAAAGCUAAGGAUGGGGGUGGGCUAAGCGCCCAAGCUUUUGUUCGUGUGGAGCUGGAGGACAUGAAUGAUAAUGCACCUGUGUUUAACCCGUCAACCUACGUGACGAGCAUUAGUGGCCAGACCCAGCCCGGCACGGAGAUCAUCAGUGUUCUUGCCACUGACAGGGAUUCUGGCAUAUAUGGAACAGUGGCUUAUGAGCUCAUUCCUGGAGACGUGUCAUCCCUUUUUACCAUCGACUCCACCACAGGAAUUAUUUACUUAACGUCCACUCUUAGCCAUUUGGAAUCUACUACGCUUUUGUUGAUGGUCUGUGCUCGAGAUGGUGGCGGGCUCACAUCUGUCGUUAAUGCUGAUGUCACAAUACACAUUCUUCAGACCACUCUGGCGCCCGCUGAAUUUGAAAGGCCUAAGUAUACUUUCUCAGUUUAUGAAGAUGUGCCCGAAGACAGCCCUGUGGGAACAGUGAAAGCAAAAGAGUUCCUGAAUUCCUCAGAGCCAAUUUUUUAUAGAAUCUCCUCUGGUGAUUUGGAUGGAAAGUUCUCUAUUCACCCAUGGCUGGGCACCAUUCGAACCCAGAAGCCUCUGGAUCACGAAACGCAGCCCGUGGUAGUGCUCACGGUCCAGGCGCAGAUUGGCAGCCCCCCAGCCUGCAGCAGCACAGAGGUCAACAUAACUGUAAUCGAUGUCAACGACAACCAUCCGGUGUUUCCCAAAGCCUCUGAUGAGGUUAAAAUAUCCCCAACCACUCUGCCUGGCACAGCCUUGUACCGUGCCCGUGCGGAAGACAAGGACAGUGGGUGGAAUGGAUUCAUCCGAUAUGCCAUUGCAAACCAGAAUCCAAGCAUCUUUUCCAUUGACUCGGGGCUUGGUGUGGUAUACCUCAAUGAGAGUCUGGGAGGUGAUGUGCCCCAGAAGUACACGCUAAGUCUCAUGGCCCAGGACCUCGGCAUUCCUCCUCGGGCAUCCCUGUUAGUGCUAACAGUCAUUAUCGAAAAACAAGAGCAAAGCCCAUCUUUGACUUUUGAAAAUUUGGUCUAUCAAGUGGAAGUUAGUGAAUCUCUCUCACUCAUGACCCAAAUACUGCAAAUACAGGCCUACCCACUUGGCCCGCAGCGCACAACCUGGCAGCCUCUGUACUCGCUGGAGCCCAGCACCGACUCUGCUGUGUUUGGCAUCCGUCCUUACACAGGUUGGAUUUAUUUGCGGCGACAGCUCGACUAUGAAACCACACAAUCAUAUAAUUUUAGAGUGUUUGCCUGGAUCCCCAAGGACAGAUUGUCGCAAAAUGUGAGCACUUCAGUAAUUGUUCAUGUCGUGGAUGAGAAUGACAAUUCCCCUACCUUCUUGCAUGAUGUGUUGUUUUUGAAAGUCGAGGAGAGUCCUGUUCCCCAAGGGGUAAUAGGCAAAAUUACAGCAAUUGACAGAGACUCGGGAAAGAAUGGACAGCUGUCAUAUUUCCUUUUGUCUGAUGGAAAAUUCUUCAAGAUGAAUCCUCAUACAGGCGAAUUUAUCAGUUGGGUGGCACUGGAUCACGAGCGUCAGGUGCACCAUCAGGCAACUGUCCUAGUGAUGGACCAUGGCUCCCCACCUCGAAAUGCCACCAUGGUGGUUUAUGUCUCAGUUACUGACAUCAAUGAUAACAGGCCAUAUUUCCCACAGUGUCUCCCUGGAAAGGAAUUGCACAUCAAGGUUCUGGAAGGUCAACCAGUAAAUAUGUUGGUUACGACUGUGUUUGCAAAGGAUCUUGAUGAAGGAAGCAAUGCUGAAGUUAUAUAUUCAGUAUCUUCAGAAGAUGGUUCCGAUCACUUCAAGAUUGAUGCCAACAAUGGUGAAAUAAGAACGACCACAAGACUUGCAUAUGAUUCUAGACCUUCCUACAGGAUGACUGUAAUUGCCAGAGACCAGGGAGCAGCUCCUCUUCAAGGACAGGCAGUUCUUAAUAUUCAGGUGAUACCACUGUCCAAAGGGAGAGCUAUCAUUUCUCAGAGUAUUAGACAUUUGGUUAUACCAGAAAACUUGAAGCCUGCAAAAAUAAUGAGCUUAAAAAAGUCACCUGAUCAUCUUGACCAACAUCAUAAUGGAAAAUUACAUUUUAGUAUUGCUGCAGAUGACAAGGAUGGCCACUUUGAAAUUGACAGCUCGACAGGGGACUUGUUCCUUUCUAAGGAACUGGAUUAUGAAAUGACAUCUCAUUAUCUUUUCAGGGUGGUUACUAAAGACCAUAGCAAAAUUCCUCCCCUGAAUAGCACAGUCUUCCUUAGUAUUGAUGUGGAAGAUCAAAAUGACCAUUCUCCUUCUUUCCAGGAUGAGUUCAUUGUGAUAAGCGUAGAAGAGAAUGUCCCCAUAGGAACUCUGGUGCAUGUUUUCAAUGCCAAAGAUGGCGAUGGCAGUUUUUUGAACAGUCGAAUACAAUACUUCAUUGAAUCCCACCACCCUGGAGUGAAUCCAUUUCUCAUCCAUCCCUCAUCUGGCACAUUAGUCACCGCAUCCCCCCUUGAUAGAGAGAGCAUUCCGACUGUUAUCCUGACAGUAACUGCAUCUGAUCAGGCUGUGAAUGUGACAGACCGGCGAUUCAGAUCCUUGAUGGCAAAGGUAGUGAUUUUGGACGUAAAUGACCACAGCCCCACUUUUAUGUCUUUCUCCUUCGCCCAUAUCAAAGAGGAUGCCAGGGUGGGCUCCUUGGUGCACCACAUAACUGCUCAAGAUCCAGAUGAAGGAAGGAAUGGAACAGUAACAUACAGCAUCCUCUCAGGAAACGAAAACAUGGCCUUUAUGCUAGAUGAGUCAUCAGGCUUACUAACUACAACUUGUCCAUUGGAUUAUGAAAUAAAAACUCAGCACAUUCUGACCCUUCUGGCACUGGAUGAUGGCGUACCAGCACUUUCUUCAUCCCAGACUUUGACAAUUACUGUUCUUGACGUAAAUGAUGAGGCACCAGUAUUUAAGCAGCACCUGUAUGAAGCUUCAGUUAAAGAAAACCAAAAUCCAGGAGAGUUUGUCACAAGGGUUGAAGCUCUGGACAGAGACUCAGGAAUCAAUUCCAAGCUUCAGUUUGAAAUCAUGCCAGGUGCUUCAUUUGGGUUGUUCGAGAUAAAUCCUGACACUGGAGAGGUAGUGACAGCCACCACACUUGACAGAGAAGUUCAGGAAGUCUUCACCCUUCAAGUACUUGUACGAGAUGGGGGAGUCCCUUCAUUGUCCAGCACCACAACAAUUCGCUGUACUGUGGAGGAUGAAAACGAUCACGCCCCGGAGGUUAUUGUCCCCAGUCAUGACAUUGAGAUUCUGGAAAACCAAGAGCCGGGGGUUGUCUACACUGUUUUGGCCUCUGAUAUGGAUGCUGGCAAUAAUGGAGCUGUCAAGUAUCACAUAAUUGACGGAAAUACUGAUGAGUACUUUGCUGUUAAUGAAAGGUCAGGAGAACUCUCAACCACUCGCGCUUUGGACCGGGAGCAAGUCAACAAUUUCACCCUUGUCAUCCUGUGCUCUGAUCUGGGGGAUCCACCUAGGAGCUCUGUAGUGCAGCUGCAAGUUAGAGUUUUGGACGACAAUGACAACAGCCCUUCCUUUCCCACACUUCAUUACCAGGCCUCCGUGGGAGAAGAUGCUCAAGUGGGAACAGUGGUUCUUGUACUCUCUGCUGUGGACAAGGAUGAAGGCCUGAAUGGGCAAACUGAGUAUUUUCUGAUGGAUGAGGCUUCUAGUGCAUUCGCCAUUGAUCCUGUGGCGGGCACAUUGAGAACUGGCCAUACCCUUGACCGAGAAGCCAGAUCUCAGCAUACGUUUAGGGCUGUGGCCAGAGACUGUAGCAUCCAGGGCUCGAGAAGCACCACAGUAAUUAUAACAGUCUAUGUCACUGAUGUUAAUGACAAUGAUCCAGUUUGGGAACAGAACCCCUUUGAAAUUUUUCUUUCCUCCCAGUCACCUGCAAACCAGACAACUGCCAUUCUGAGAGCCAAUGACCCAGACUUGGGGCCCAAUGGAACUGUCAUUUUCAGUUUUGCAGAGACUCAGUCAAUGUUUUCUAUUGAUAAAUAUACAGGAGAAAUUCAACUUCAGCGCAACCCACCUUUAGAAUAUUUUCCAAUCUGGCUGCAGUUAAAAGUUAUGGACCAAGGGGUCGCAACUGCUAGGACAACCACUGGUCUCUUGAUCAUUCACAUGGAAGGAGAAGAUGUAAAGAUUUCCUUCAGCCACCAUCUGUAUAAAGGGACUGUGACUGAAAAUUGUGAUGCAGGUACUUCUAUUGUGACUGUAAAAGCUUUUGCUCCUGACUCAAUAGGAGACAGCAUUAAGUAUUCAGUUUUUAGUGGAAAUGAAGAUGGAGUUUUUUCUCUGUGCUCCAACUCAGGAGAACUCACUGUGAAAGAACCCAAGUUUCUUGAUUUUGAAGUCAGACAUGAAGUACAACUCAUCGUUUUAGCUGAAAGUAGGGGGCGCAGAGCCUACAGCAAAGUAGCCGUCUCGAUAGAAGAUGUGAAUGAUAAUUUACCAUGCUUCGAGCAAAGCCUUUACCACGUGUCAGUGUCUGAAGGCCAGUUCUACAAUGUGCACAUCAUACAGGUUUUUGCUAGAGACCUGGACAGUGGGGUGAAUGGCCUCAUUGAGUAUUCCAUUCUCUCUGGCAACCAAGGAGAAGCCUUCCAGAUUGACGCACUCAGCGGUGUGAUAACAGCAAAUACCAUUCUGGACUACGAGUUCACCAACUCCUACAGCUUGAUUGUGCAAGCCACAGAUAAAGGGAUGCCCAGACUUUCUGGUACAAGUGUGAUCAAGAUACAGGUGACUGAUAUAAAUGACAAUGCCCCGGCUUUUCUCCCCUCUGAAGCAGUGGAAAUUGCAGAAAAUUCUUUGCCUGGUGUACUUGUGACUCAGAUAUCAGUUCAUGACGAGGAUUUGAAUCCAGCUUUCAUCUUCAGUUUUGCCAAAGAGAGUAAUCCUGGAACCAAGUUCGCUAUUGAUCAGACCACUGGAAGAGUGGUGCUAGUGAAAACAUUGGAUUUUGAAGAAGCCACUGAAUAUGAGCUGCUCAUCCAAAUUUCUGAUUUGGUGCACCACACAGAGGGAGCACUCAUUGUCCAUGUGUUGGACGUCAAUGAUAACCCACCAGUAUUUUCUCAAGAUUUUUACCAGGUCACCAUCCCUGAAUCUGUGUCAGUGGGGCACUCUGUGCUGACUGUGGCAGCCACAGACUUAGAAAGCAAUCAGAACAUUUCUUACAGAAUCCUUUCCUCUUCUAAGGAAUUUUCAAUUGAUCCUGUGAAUGGCACAAUAUUUACUAUCAAUCCUUUAUUACUUCUGGAUAAAAAAUCAACAAUUCAAUUGCUUGUUGAAGCCAGUGAUGGUGGAAUUCCUGACCUGAGGGCUCUUACCUUAGUGGAGAUAGAAGUACAAGAUAUGAACAAUUAUGCCCCUGAGUUUGCAGUAGAAUAUUAUAAUCUUAGCUUGAGUGAAGAUGCUCUAAUUGGAGGGACGCUUGUCACAUUUUCGACCAUUGACCAUGACUGGACCCGUGAAAACACAUACGUUGAAUAUUCCAUCAUCAGUGGUAAUUCACAGAACAAUUUCCACUUGGAAACUAGUUUCAUUCAUUCAGAAUAUCCUUAUAAGCAAGUUGGUUAUCUGGUGUUGGUUCACAAUCUGGACAGAGAAGCAACUGCCAGUCAUAAGCUUGUCAUUCUGGCAUCUGACCAUGGCUGCCCUCCAUUGAGUUCCACAGCCAUUGUAUCAAUAGACGUGCUUGAUGUCAAUGAUAAUCCACCUAAAUUCAACAGUCUGAAAUAUCAUGCCCAUGUCAAGGAAAGUACCCCUCUAGGGAGUCACAUCACUGUGGUCUCAGCAAAUGACCAUGACGUGGGUUCUCAUGCAGAAAUCAUCUACCGUAUAAUCUCUGGAAAUGAGAAGGGGCAUUUUCACUUGGAAGAAAAAACUGGAGUUCUUUAUUUGAUUAAACCUCUGGAUUAUGAAGAAACGAUAAAAUUCACUUUAACUGUCCAAGCUUCAGAUGAAGAAAAGAAACAUUUUUCUUUUGCAGUUGUGUUUGUCAAUGUCCUAGAUGAUAAUGACCAUGCACCCCAGUUUAUGUUCCCCAGCUUGAACUGUGUUGUUCCUGAAAAUCUGCCUGUUUUCUCCACCAUCUGUUCUGUAAAUGCUUUGGAUUUUGAUGCAGGUCCUUAUGGAGAAUUGACCUAUUCUAUUUUAUCACCCUGUUCUGUCACCCAUGGGAUGCCUCAUGACCGUGAUGCCUUCCUCAUUGACCCUUUAACAGGGGAUAUUUAUGCUAAGCAAGUCCUUGACUAUGAAAAUGACAAUAAAUACUGCUUCACAGUUCAGGCAAAAGACAAAGGUGACUCAACAGCCUCCUUAAUGGUUUGGGUGGAUAUUGAAGGUGUAGAUGAGUUUGAACCCAUUUUCACUCAAGAUCAAUAUUUUUUCAACCUCCCAGAAAAGAAUAACCUAAGACAGUUGAUUGGUAGAGUGGAAGCAUCAGAUACAGACGCUGGUAUCGAUGGAGUUAUUCUUUACUCCCUUGAAACUCCAUCUCCUUUCUUUUCAGUAAAUAUAACUAAUGGAAAUAUUUAUUUGACUAGAGCCCUUCCCCUAAUAAAAAGUCAAGUCAGCAAAGAAGACACCAUUGAAAUGAAAAUAAUCGCUCGUAGCCCCAAACCAGACUCCAAGGUCACAUUUUGUACCGUUUUUGUGAAUGUGUCUUCUUCCUCAGAAGGAAAACACUCAGCAGUAUCAGCCAGCAGUUUUUCAAUCAGCCUCGCAGUCUCCUUUUUAGUGUUUCUGUUACUCGUCUUCAUUCUAAUUGUACUGAUUUUAAGACAUAAACAAAAAGACACAAUAAAUGAUUAUGAAGAAAAGAAAGCCUCGUCAUCCUUAGAUAUCAAUUUGAGACUGACGGGGGAUGCCAGCAUGCUCAAGCCCUUCCAGAAAACUAAUGAGUGCAGUAAUGAGGUGAUGCCCAUGGCCUCCAUGCCUGAAUGGUUGAGUUUAAUGAGUCUUAUGGAGAAGGACAUUGUAAAUCUGUACAGGCACUCAAACUCCAGUGGCCACUGUUCAGUGGAAGGAGAAACUGCAGAAGAUAAGGAAAUCCAGAGGAUAAAUGAGCACCCUUACAGAAAGGAGUCUGGCUCAGCUCUGAGUGAUUGCGAAUCCAGGGUGCCAGACUCUGGAAUCCCGAGGGACUCGGACCAGCUCUCCUGCUUGUCUGGGGAAACUGAUGUGGUGGUCACUGCCGAAACAGCAGAAACCAGCCAUACAUUUGAAGAAGGAGAUCGAGGAGAAGGCUCUGGCACAACCUAUGUUCAAAAUAAUGUGUUACCCCAGACACUAAAGAAGAGAGAGGUAAAAGAGGGCAUCCUGGCUGAUGUCAGAAAAGAGUCCAUCUUUAUUUCAGGUGCUCAGGAAGCAAGAUGUGCAGCUCUUUCGACCCAGAGAACCUCUGAUCAUGAUGUGAGAGGCAACUAUCACUGGGAUUAUCUCCUCAGUUGGGAACCCAAAUUCCAACCCCUUGCCUCAGUAUUUAAUGAUAUUGCAAAACUAAAGGACGAGCACUUACAUAUGCCUGGCAUUCCCAAAGAGAAGAAAACUUUUGUUUUCCCACCACCUUUGAUUACAGCAGUAGCCCAUCCUGGGAUUAAAGCAGUUCCACCAAGAAAGCCAGCCAUAACCCCGGGACAAGUACUUCAGAAAUACCCACACUCCCCCCUUCUCUACCAUCUCAAUUCUCUGCCAGAAGCCAUGACUCCCAGUUUUUCUCCAUCUCUUUUCCUACUGACCACACAGACCCCUGCCAUGACUCCACUGUUGUCAGAUGGAGAAUUAUUAGGAACACAUCCAAGUGGUACGUGCCAUGAACUUAAAGCAGAAGAUGAAGUUCAAAUAUAGAAUGACUGUGAUGUCAGCCCCUGCUCACCAUUGGUCAUGAAUGAUUGAACAAAACAUUCUUAAGCAAGCUUCUCGAGAUUGGCUUCAUCUUAUCUACGAGUGAGUGAUAUAAUUUCAUCAGGAUUUUUAGAACUUCAUCAUUUAAGUUUCUCAAAUUUCUUCCAGCCUUAAUGAGAAGUUGCCCCCUCUUUUAACCUUUAUGUUUUGCUCUCAGGACUCAAGUUUGUCUGUAUUAAGUAACACAUAUUCCGAGAUACCCAGUUUUCUGUAUGAUUAGAUUUCCAAAGGACACAAUGAACUUGACUGACGACCAACAUGUUUAUAUGAAAAUAAAUGGAAAUAAAGUGUGGUGCACUCUGGUCACAUUACUACUGAUUGCACUGCUAUAUCUAAAACAAAUUAGUGAAGAUUGAAUCAAGAAGGUGUAUAUGACAGAAGGUAACACAGAGAGGAAAUUUGGCAGGAUAAACUUAAGUUUUAAAGUAAAGCGAUUUUCUGUAGAUCCUGAUGUAUUUAGAGAUGCAUUUCUCCACUUUCCCCAAAUGCCACACUGUGGAGUUUAGCCAUAAUUUGAAUUUUAAUGUGGUGUCUUUUGGAAAUCUAAUGAGAAAUUAAGAAUGAAACUUGUCAUAACUCCAUGCCAAAUAAGAAAAUUAUUCCUAAUUAAAUGACCCAGAAAUGCAUGUUCUUGAUAGAGGGCCAGGAUCAGUAAAAGCAAUAAGUGUGUGUGGUUGGCUGCCACCUAAGACGUGUUUCCUUGGCCUUCUUUACAAAUAGAAUGAUGAUUCUUUUUUUCAAUGCUCUGUCUUGUAACAUGGUAUGGGUACAGACAUUAAACUUUGAAGAUUAAUUUGUAGAUGUUUCUUCAUUUUCUUUUAUUCUAGAUGCAGUAACUUUUGGUAAGAAAUAAUUUAUCCACUUAAUGUCAGUUUUAAAAGUUUGAGUAGAUAAAAUUAUGUUAUUA